AUGAUGCUUCUCAAACCCAUCCUCUGUCUUACGGCAGCCCUCUCCGCCUCGGCCACCAUCCUCCCGUCCUGGGAUCAACUUGCCGUCGACUCGGGACUGGCUCUGGCCGGCCUUAAUGGCAUUGCUCUACUAAGUGCUCUCGGGAAUUUCGGAGGAGGAUGCACGCCGGCGAAUGUCAAGAUUAGACAAGAAUGGCGGACUCUGGCUCCGACGCAACGCAAGAACUAUAUCUCGGCAGCCAAGUGCAUAAUCGCGUCCGGGAGUCUGUUCACGGCUGGCCAAGUGCCGGGCUCAUUCUCCUUGUUUGAUGAUUUUGUCUGGGUACACCUGAACCAGACACUUAACAUCCACCUGACGGGAACCUUCCUCACAUGGCACCGCUACUAUAUCCAUGUCUAUGAGCAGAAGCUCAAGGCCUGCGGCUACACAGGCAACCUUCCUUACUGGGAGUGGGGAUUGGAUGUCAACUCGCCGCGUGACUCGCCCAUCUUUGACGGGUCUGACACGUCUCUGGGCAGCGACGGCGCAGCCGUCUCACACCCGGGCCUGCAGCUGCAGCUACCGGCGGCAACCAGCGUCCUGCCACUUCCGCCCGGCACGGGCGGCGGGUGCGUGUACAAGGGGCCGUUCAAGGACAUCACACUGCAUCUAGGCCCGGUUGCGCUGCCCAUCUACGGCUCGCUCAACUUCACCUCCGCCGCCAACCCCAGCCUGAACAACCCGCGCUGCCUGAAGCGCGACCUGAACCCCUACGUGCUCAAGCGGUACAGCUCGUUCCGCAACACGACGGACCUAAUCACCGGCUAUAACACGGUCGAGCUGUUCCAGGCUAUCAUGCAAGGCGAUGGGCGCUAUCUCACCUACCCGAGCCUCGGCGUGCACGGCGGCGGCCACUUCACCAUGGGCGGCGACCCGGGCGCAGACCCCUUCAUCUCACCCAACGAUCCCGCCUUCUUCCUGCACCAUGGCCAGAUCGAUCGCGUCUUUUGGAUCUGGCAGAUGCUCGACUUUGCCAACCGCCAGGGCGUCUCCGGGACAAACACGUUCCUCAACUUCCCGCCCAGCGCCAACACCACCGUGAACGAUUUGAUUGAUAUUGCGCCGCUGUCAACAGACAAGCCGCAGAUCAAGAGCUUAAUGAACACGGUCGGCGGGACGCCGUUUUGCUAUGUAUAUAUCUAAUCCCGAGAUUGAGAUGCAGACCGUGCCGAGUGUAUAUAGCUGUGGCUGAACUGGUGGUUUUUGGGUUUAGUGGUUUAGUAUAGCAAUUUGAAUACAUUGACUCCAUAUAUAACAGAAUGAUAGAUCACGUCUAUGCUGGGGCUUGUGAAAAUUAAACAAGGCCGUGAAUGGUGGUUUGGUGAAGAGCGGAGGAAAUGAAAAUGCUGUUCUUCCGACCCAUCACCUGCCUAGCUCUAGCGAUGCACAAUGGGAUUAAAUAAAAAAAAUGAAAGUUCGGAUGAAAUUACGAGGGGUAAAAGUUCUAGAACGCUGGUGAAAAAUGCAAAAGGUUAAGGUCUUGCCCGGAAUCGAACCGGG